GAAUGUAGAGGGGAGGAAAGAGGGGGUAUACAGACAAGCACAGGGGGAUGGAGUUCCCCUUAUCUGGUCAUGCUGCUAUGUGUUGGUCUGUAAAAUAGUAAAACAUAGUUAAUGGAUCAGUUAACACACACACACACACACACACAAAUACAGACUCUGGGUGACUCAGCUAUUGUCUGAGUCACCUAGACGUACACACAAACCACACAAAAAAAAACACAGCACACUUCAUUGACACUACACUGAGGGAGAUGACGCGAAUGAAUGAAAGAAUAAAAGAGAGAGAGACAAUUUCCAACAAGUGGUGAAGUACAAAGAACAAGAGAAUAAGUUCCCUGCAGCUGUUUCAGAGAGAGAGAGAGAGAGAGAGACUCGGAGAGAAAGAGUGGGAGGGAGGGUGUGCGGGAGGAGAAGGAGGGAGGGGAAAAAAAAAGAAAAAAGAAGCCAACUCAUCUGACACAAACAGUGGGCCAAAGAAAGGGGAAGAGAGAGGAGCAGCACUGUCCAGAACGAGUGGAAAAUCAAAGCUGGAGGAGACGAGGAGAAGAGAAAAAAAAAAAAAAAAAAAGACAAGACGGAGAGAAAAAGAAGGAAAGAGAGAGUCUGAAAAAAGUUCUGACCUGAAAAGACAAAAGAAGAAGAAAAAAGGGGGUUGAAGCAGAGAGGGCCCCAACUUUUAGAGAGACAACAGGAUGUCGACGCUACCCUCAGAAAACAACCCCGAAGAUGCCAACAAUCGCAGCUUCUGGAUGCCUGGGAACUAUCACCGCACUGUGAAGCGGACAGAAGAUGCCUUCCAGGCCUGUAAUGACAUCGUGGCAUGUUUCCAAGAGAGAGCUCGCGUGGAGAGGCAGUACGCUCAGCAGCUCAGUGAAUGGAGCAACAAGUGGAAGCCGGUCGUGGACUCCAGUCCUCUGUAUGGAUCUCUUCUGAAGGCCUGGCAGUGUUUUCUGUCCUCCGCUGAUCGGCUGGCCUCCUUACAUGCCUCCAUCUGCCGCUCCCUGGUGUCAGAGGAUGGAGACCGGGUCAGGACCUGGCAGAAGGACACCUUCCACAAGAAGUUAUUUGGAGGGUUUAAGGAGUCCCACGACAUUGAGACGGGCUUUAUACGCGCUCAGAAGCCGUGGGCCAAACGGCUUAAAAAGCUGGAUAAAGUCAGGAGCGCGUACCACAAAGUGAGCCGCAAGGAGCAGGCGGCCAGGGAGCGGGAGGCACACGCUCAGGGUAACCCGGACGUCGCCAUCGACAAACAGAAGAAGAUACAGGAGGAGAGAGAGCUGGCUCAACAGGAGGCCGAGAAGGUCCGUGCCCGCUAUGAGAAAGUCCUCGAGGAGGUGAACCGCUACGCUCCACGCUACAUGGAGGAGAUGGAGUCCAUCUUUGACCAAUCGCAGGACGAGGAGCGCAAGAGGAUCGUCUUCCUCAAACAGGCGUUUCUCUCCAUCCACAAACACCUGGACAUUACCAACAAUGAGAGCGUGAGGGCCGUGUAUGACGAGCUCCACAACACGCUGAUGGCCAUCGACGAGCACGAGGACCUUCGCUGGUGGAAAAAUACCCACGGGCCCGGCAUGCCCACCGACUGGCCUCACUUCCAGGAAUGGACACCUGAGAAGAAAACCAAAAAAGGGAAGAAAGUAGUUGAAAAGAAAGGAACAAUAGAGAGGACUGUGAUGAUUGGAGGGGUGAAGGUUAGAGCUCUGUAUGAUUAUGUUGGCCAGGAGACGGAUGAGCUGUCAUUUAAAGCAGGUGAGGAGUUUUUGAAGAUCGAGGAUGAGGAUGAUCAGGGCUGGUGUCGGGGGAUGAAGGACGACGGUUGGGAGGGGCUUUAUCCCGCCAACUACGUGGAGGUGGUUUAGUUAGGCAACUUUUUAAAAAAAUGACACGUCUCGUUACAUCACAUGCUUCAUUUCACUGUGUGAAGUCACAACCUGGUUUAACGUCUGUGGAGUGCCAGAAACAUAAAAAAAAUCUAUGCUGUAAAGAACAACACACAGUAGCUGUUCGCCAAAGAUCUGCUCUUCGGUGAGAUAUUUCAGCAAAAUAAAAAAGUGCCCAGGUUGUGUAAUCUCUUGAAGGAUUUUGACAAAUGUUUUAAUAUAUACACAGUAUGCAUAGACCACUUGUACUGAAGCCAUAUGAUAAACAAUGCUUUAAUGUAAAAAUAUAAAAUGCUGUUCUUAUGGUACGCUAUAUAACUAGCUAUCUGGUGCUGAAGUUGCAUUACAGGACUUUGUCUGAGCUGUCUUUAUUUUUUCAACACAUUGUCAUAAAAAUGCUCACGAAGCUCAACAUAUGAAGAGAGUGACGCUGAGACUGUGAUUCUAAAUAAUCCAAAGUCGGCCUGAUAGACGUAGACAUGAGCUGUAUUUCUCGUCUGUUUUUUUUUUCUGGUUUAACCGAACAGUUAAAUAUUUUAGGAAUAUGGUUGUUUGCUGUCAAAAUGCACAAUGAGAUGCAAAGAUCGACAUCAGUUUUAUCUCUGUGUGCCAAGUACAGGGGGGAACUUCUAGCCUGGCAGCAUCAAAACACAUUCCUGGAGCUUCUUAUCUUCUGUCUUGUUUGCUUAAAGCGGCUGUAAUCAAUUUUUUCACAUUACCAACCAAUGUUCGGACACUUCAGUUUCCCCCAACACUACAGAGCUUUACGGGACAUUUUCAACUUGUUGUUUUUUUUGUUUUUAGCCCCCAACCUUUUGGUCCAGUCUCACCACUUCCAUUAGCUCUGUCUUUGGCUGCAGUUGUACACUGUACACCACAUACUCAGCAUCAAACGACAACUAGCUGGUGAGCACCAGAUAUUUUGGUUGACUGUUGUAUUGAUGCAUUGAUUACUAGUUUUCUAGCAAUCAAGACACGUUAUGGUUGUAUAGUGAUUGGCUGUUGCCUUAUAUUGGAAAACACCCACAAUAGUUACAUGUAAACAUGAGCUGCAGGUAAUUACAACAGUGUUAUUUCAAGUGACAUAAACAUUAAAAAUGAAUGAAAAUUCAGUUUGGUAAGAGGCUGUGGUAACCACAAUUAUGUACUAGACAGAGAUAAUAAUGGACUUGGCAGAGAAAACGGUCCCACAACUUUAAUUCAUGGACUAACUUAAACAGUUGGACACCUUGUGCUGCAUUAUCACUUAUAUUACGUGUAAAUAAGAUUCUGCUUUGCAGUUCUGCGUAGUUUGACAGUUGAAACUCAAAAGGGAGAAAGCAGUUGUUCAUGAAUUGCAGGGUUGGUGCUUCAGUCCUGCACCAAAUCUUUCAAAUUGCUGCUGAUAGCCGAGCCAGCUCCAUCACCAUCAGACUGUGUCAGUGUGUGAUUGAGAGACAAAUUGUGAAGCAUUUUGCAGCAUAAAAAAAAAAUGCAGUCCAGUUUUUCGAUUUUGAUGGAGCAAAGCUAGCUGGAGUUUCUCUGUUUCCAGUUUUUAUACUAAGCUGGUUGCAUGCGAGAUGAUCGUCAAAGCAUCAGGACGCAGGUUCUUCUUCACAUGUUCCACGUGCAAUAAUAUUCCUGCACAGAUAAAACUGAUAUUGUUCUUCAUCAAAUUCUCAUUUUGAUGCCAAACUUUCAUAUUUCUCAGCAUGCGACUGUUCCUUUAAGAUAAGUACUGGGGAACAAAUAGUUUUCCUGUCUGUCUGUAAUAUCUAAUCAUCUGUUGCUAUACUGUAUGUAUGACACUUAUCGUGGAGAGCAUCUUUACCAAAGUGAGGAAACACCUUCCAGAAACUGCUGGCUUUGCCUUGAGCCUUCGUCAGUAUCUGUGUAUAUGCUGUGUGUCUUUAUUCGACAUGUACAAACGUUGCAUUUAUCCCCCAAACGUCCUUUGUUUUGCAAACUGUUCGUCUUUUGGAAAUAAAAUUUGAAACUGU